AAAAAAAAAGAAAUCUCGAGUUCUCGUCCGCAGAUCGUUUGCAAAGUGUGGAACGAAACGUCACUAACCGGGCGUUGAUGUUUUUCAGAGCUGCACCGAACCACCGAGUUCUUGGUGCUCGACAAACGGCAGCUUCCGGCACAGCGAUUCCUCUUUGUACCUAGACUCCUUGAAUCAAGAGACUUCGUCGGUGACCGGCACGACCAAAGUGGAAUUUAUCAUCGGUUCGCCGACCAGACGCUUCCGGCAGAGUUCCGUCUGGCCCCAUCGCUAUUUCGACAGCAUAGAUUCGGCGGCGAUGCUGCCGGAAAGCCUGCUGACCGACGAGUUCUCGCUCCGCCGUGGCGAAGCGCUCGCCGAAUGCGAUUCCCUCGAGUGUCAUCCGAUCUCGAACGACAGUUGAAUCGCGCGAAGCUUGUCGUUUUGUUUCAACGAAAACGUUUAAGGAAUCUUGAUGGAUUGGGCUCGCUUGAUCGACAAAGGAAAAGGGGUAACGACAUUCGGCAAUAAAGGAAAGACUCAUUCUGUACUUGAAGAUGAAUACGAUUUUUUUUAUUUUUUUUUUUUUUAUUGUUGAAGAAUAAAGAUAUCGGUUUGUCCGAUAAGAUGAAGCAAAUGUGUAAAUAUAGGUUUAGCAGUAGAAUAAUUAAUUCUUGAUCGACGGAUUUACUGUUUCGAAUAUUCGAAAAUGAAAAUUGUAAAUAAUAAGUAAGAACGAUAUAAAAAAAUCAGUAUUACGUUUGAAUUAGGCUCGCGUCUUCAAGUAUGAAAAAUUAUUACAUGGAUGUUGUAAUAUUGAUUUUCUUCGACUAGUAUUUCGCGAGAUUUUUUUCUUUUUUUUUUCUUUUUUUCUUUUGUAAGUUCAAAAGACAAAUUUGACGAAAACGCAAUGAGUGAAUUGUGCUCUGAAUUCGUAAAUGAAUUGCGAGUUUAAAGUAUCAAGAUUCUUUAAUGAACAGCGUAUUUGACGAUCAUAGCAGUGAAAUAUUUUUGUAGACGCUGGAUUGCUCCAUUUUGUCAUCUAACUUUGAUCAUCGUCACUUUAGGCAUUUUCACUUUGCAUUUUACGUGCAUUUUCGUGCGCAGUUUGUAAAUCGAAUUUAUUUCAGGCACUAUGGAAUUAUAUUACGUAUCGACUGUAAUAACACUGACAAGAAAUUUAUCAUUUUUUUUAUAACCUUGGUAGGGAAAUUGUAUACGUUCAACAUAAAGAGAUUGAAAAACCGCGUGUGGUAUAUACACCGAUGUGUGUUCAUUUGCAGUAUCGAAUGAAUGAUAUACUGACGUAUCAAAUAUUUUAAGCAAAAUUGUCUUAUUUGUUGAAAGUACAAUAUUCGAAAUCUUUGAGAAAUAUAUGUACCUUUGAUCAAUCGAAGAUCGUGAACAUGAUCGAGAAAGAAAUAAUCGAUUUUAUUAAUCGAUUUAAAAAAGAGACAAGAACUUUUCUAUGAACAAAUUCGAAGUUACUCCUUUCCAAAUUUUUCCAGAAAUGAACAUUUUAACAUUUUAUAACAAAUUGCUAAUAUCUAUAGAUUAUUGAGAAGUAUGCGAUACUUUUAAUGGCUGUUCUUGAGAAUUAUUAGAAAACGAAUGAAAAUCUCGAGAGACACUAUAAAUGGAUUUAUAUCACUGUACCCUUUAAUAACCCUUUAAUAACCCUUUUAAAGGAUAUUUCCAGUUUUAAAUAUUCCAGUAUCGUUAAUUGUGAACAUGAAAAAGGAAAGAAUUUAUUUUCACUAUUUGUUUUGAAUCUAUUGAUUAUUUGUUCAAUAAGUAUUCGUUUAAUUUUGAUAUUUUGCUGUUGAUAAAAAAUCUCGAGUAUUUAUUUAAGAAUAUCAGUCUCUUGUUUUAACACGAUAAUAGGAAAUGAUUUUUACAAGUGAACGAAUUGCACUGUUUCGUAUAGCGCACCAAGCAGAGUUGUGUAUGCAAAUGUUGACAACAGGUUUGGUAAAGUACACGUUUCUCAUUACUUUGAAUCGACAAAGUUUUUUGAAAUGUAUACUUCUGUGCAUUUUAGACAUGUAUCUUUAUACCUUAAGACUGUACGCUGUCUGCUGACACGAAAAUUGUCUCAUUAUUGUUGGAAAAUCUCUUGCAUAGAAUUACAAAUAGCGAAAUGGAAACAUUUUUGAUAUUCAUAUGCUUUGUAUUAUAUAAACGAACUGAUUCUGCUAAUCUUCUCAUGCGAGAUACUUUUCACAAUCACGUUCUAUCGUGCACGUACUAGAAAACUAUCGAACAAGCGAAGAAACUAUUUCAGUUUAAAAAAAUUGCGUUUAUUAACUUAUCAUUUAGUCAAAUUUCACUCCCCGUUGAAAUAUUCGAACAUUUCCUCACAUUGUGAUACUUGUAAAAUAGAAACAGAGAAGGAACAAUCUAAUUAAAAAAUGGCGAUAUGCACGAGGAGAUUAUAUAAUAACAAUGAACGAAACAAAAAUGACAUUACGAUCGCAAACAUUCCAUGCUGCAAAUUCGACAGUCUCGUAUUCCAUUUGUAUGGCAUUUGUACCUUUCGUUUCAACUUGUGUUGUGAUUAAUGUAAUUUAUUUAUUGUGUGCAUGUGAAACAUACUACGAUCGCGCCGAUCUUCGCGUAAGAAAAAAGAUUCGUAAGGACGCUCUGUUCGGAAAUCUCUCGAGGUUCUCUCCAGAAAAAAGAAACUGAUAAGGAAAAACUCAGAAAGAAGCCUGUCCGAGUGUACGAAUAGAUUAUAUAGAAGCUUUUUGUAGAAGCACACAUAUCAGGCAAGGUAUGAAAAGAAAAAAAAAAAAAGAAAAAAGGAAAUGUAUCUUUGACAAUAUGCUCGAUCACCGCGAACUAUGAAUAUUCAUAAAUUUUAGAAUUUAAUCAUCUGUCGAACGUUGUUCUCUGAUCUAAUCGAGUCGAGUGGAAGUGGAGGUGAACGAGUGCUUGUUUGGGGCAUUUCUCGGUAUUCGAAGGGUUCGUUUCUUUUUUGCGACGCGAAAGAUGGCUUGAAAUUACUCUAGCGAACGUUCAAACGUACGUUAUCUUCGUUUGUAAAAUUGUACAUUUUCUCGAAUCGAAUUAUUCACUGUAAAUUAUUUGUUAAAUCAUCGCACGUUACGUGUUGCGCGACUCGAAGAAUCUUUCUGUCUGUGAAUGUUUUGAAUGUUCGAAGUGCCCCGGAUAUUUUCACUUGAAAAUAUACACGCGCUUAAUAAAAGAAGAAGAAAAGAAAAAGAUAAACGAAUAAUUGUGUGUCAAAGAAGCGUCGUUUCUACUAUAAAAAGGAAAACAAAAAUCAUGUCAUAAGGUUCGCUGUAAGGUAGAAUUGAUAGGUCAACGGACCUAGAAUUAGUCGGAUCGUGUAACGGCUCGGUAAGAAGAAACAUUACGAUAUCACACAGUUCCUUGCUUCAACCAAUUUUGUUAUUUAAAAAAAGUAAGGGAGAAAGGGGGUAGCGACCGCAGAGACAUCGAGCAUUCGUGCGUUUAAUCGCAGUGAUCUUAGUUGAUCGUGCAAAAUGAAAGAAGAAAAAAAAGGAAAAAAGAAAAAAGAAAAGAUAAGAAAGAACAUGAUGUGAUUAACUCUUAACUGAACUCACAUAGGACUGACGGACUUUACUUAUAUUGUAUUAUUGUUUUUAGUGCCUAACUAUUUUUACGCGAAUGGCGAGAGAGAUAGAGCGAAUGUGGGAACGAACGAAGCGUGAGAAAGAGAGGAAGAGAGAAUGGGGAACCAAAAACCGAAUGGAGGCCGUGUGAGAAUUGCGUGAGCCGAGUGAGUUUUUCGUUUUUUAACCGCGUCACCCUUGCGUCGCGAGACGAAAAACGCGUAAAUGUGAAUCGAGAAAGAGAGAGAGAGAGUGAUAUGAAAACGAUAAAUGCUCAGAUACCACAAUUCUCCACAUUCGCGUGUGUGUGUGUGUACAGUUGGCGGACUAACUUCAGUUAGUGCCGACUGGAGGCUAUUAUUUUUAUACCUUAAUUAACGACUGUGAGAAAAACGAGAGCGAGGAGAGUGUUGAGCGGACUGCGCCGACUUUAGCAGCUUCCUUUAUUUUACUUUUCUUUUUUCUCUUUUUCUCUCGAUGAUAGCAAGUAUCCCUUCAUCGUCGUUGUAUUAUACGUUGAUUACUAGACUUAUUGUCGAGUCCGUACCACCGGUGCCCCGGCUCGCGGCUGAUCAAACAAACGAUUGUUUUAUUAAACGAUACACGCCCGACACAAUUUGUAUAUAUACGUAUUACGGCAUCGUGAAUUAUUUAAAGAAAGUUAGUUUAAAUGUACAGAUGAAUCUGUGUAACGAUAUCUGCGAUAAUGUGAUCCGAUUAAUAAAACACGACAUUACGUACGUGUGGCGGACUACUGGUUUUUCGUCACCUGUAUAAUCUGCAGAGGGCAUGUGCACUUUAAUCACUCUCUGAUAAUUUUAUCUUUUUCAACGAGUGGAUAAUGUUAUCGUUGCUUGUAUAGUUUCUAAGUUUUUAAUUUUACUGGGUGCGUGUUUGGCGUUGAAGAUCCGUUUUUUUUUCGUCAAAUAAUGUGUCGUCAAUGGAUUAAUCGCUCACGUUUACAACGAACGUAUUAGUCUUUUUCCGCGAUGAAUUUCUCAAUUUUCUUUUAGUGGAAAUUUAUAAUACUUAAAGCUAGGCGUUAUGUUUUUUUUUUUCUACACGUUUUAUUCCCUUCGAUAAAGUUAAAUUUGUGGCAUAAGAAAAUAGAUUGAAGAUGGUAUUUUUAUUUUGUCUAGAAAGUUUCGAAAGAAGCGUGCAGAAAUUUUUAUUACACUCGAAUAAUUUUUACGACAAAUUUUUUUACAUUUAACUACGUUCAGAUUGCCAACGCGUAAUUACUUCAUUUCGCCACGUCAUGUGUAAUUAAAGUUAUGCAGAGAGCUACUUUCUUUGUCCAUUAGGUGAUUAGCAAUAAAGGAGCUAGGAUGGUGAUGGGUCAAGCAACAGAGGCCAGUUGUUGCCCGACAGUGUACGAGGUCGUCGAUUAAAAUUCAACGGUGCUCGCGUGUCAUCGUUGGAAGUCCGGGAACGAAACUUCCGGAUAUUUCAACGAAGGAAAAACAGAAAAGAAGAAGAAGAAGAGGAAGAAGGGGGAGAAACCUUGCAGAGAGUUGUAGGGAACUCGUGAUAUGGCCGACAAAUCGUUAACGACGAUAAAAGGGAGACACGCGGAAAAUCCAAAUCGGGAUGGAGACCAGGAAGAGGAGUACGAUUUUGUCGCGCAUCGUCCCCCGUCGAGACUAUUGACCUCAGACUUUGCCACGUUCAUGCACCUGUGUAAAGCAUCGAUCGGCACCGGGAUACUUUUCUUGCCAAAUGGAUUCCGAAGAGCUGGCUACGUGAUGUCGAUGAUCUGCGGUGUUGUUAUUGGCCUAUUGUGCACUCACACCGUGGUGGCAUUGAUACGAUCAGCUCACAUACUGUGCAGACGUAAUCGCAUACCGAUGUUGGAUUUCGCGAGAACGGCGGAGGUCUCCUUCAAGAACGGUCCAUCGGAGCUUCGAAAAUACGGGAAAACGUUCGGCAUCACGAUCAACGUGAUCGUCUGUUUCGUCCAUUUCCAGGCCAGCGUCAUAUACAUCCUCUACGUGGCCACUUCGUUUGAGCAAGUGAUUGAGUUUUCCUUCGGCAUUGAAAUGGACACGCGGGUCUACAUACUGGCGUUGUCGCCGUUCGUCUGUCUGUUGGGUCUUGUCCGGGACCUGCGACACCUGGCGCCGUUCUCCGUGAUCGGUGCGCUCUUCAUGUUCAUCGGCAUUUUCGUCACAUUGUACUAUCUUCUCGAGGACGUGCCCGAUCCCGCGAGGUUAGAGGCGUUCACUUCCGUGCUUCCGGUGCCGAUGUACUGCAGCCUGUUCCUUUUCGCCCUUCACAACGUCACCCUCUGCCUGCCGCUGGAGAACUCGAUGAAGAAGCCGCAACACCUACCGUGGCUGAUAACGUGCAACAUGCUGCUCAACACCGGCAUGUACAUCGUGUUCGGCUACCUCGGUUACAACAAGUACUCGAGGGACACCUGCGACACGGUAAUUAAGAAUCUACCGCUAGAGAAAACCUGUUAUCUGCAGCAAUCACGCAUAAUCAGAGAAAAAUAUCACGCCGUGCACGCGUUCUUCAAUACACGAUCACGAUUGAUAGCAAAAGUGAAAAGUCAAUUACUCGCGAAAUCGAUUAAAAUAGCGAUCGCUUUGUCUGUCUUGUUCUCGUUUGGAUUGGUUUUGUACGUGCCGGUCGCAGUAUUGUGGCCGAUGAUCCAGUCGAAAUUUCGCGGUACCAUUCGUUACGGUGAAACCAUGUUUCGUUCAAGCGUGAUGAUCGCGGCGACAACACUGGCAAUCGCGGUACCAAAAAUGGUCCCCCUGCUCAGCCUUCUCGCGGCGUUGAGCAUGACCACCAUCAUGCUGCUGAUCCCUAUAGUGAUAGAGACAGCGACGAAAUGGGAGCAGGCGACGCGGUUUCUUUUCGCCAAGAAUAUCAGCAUCUUUCUCGUCUGGGUACUAUUGUUGAUAUCUGGAUCGAUCGAGAGCGUAUUGUCCAUCGUCAGAGAAUACGGUGACGUGAAAGAGAAAGGAUGCUGAUUGUCCGACCAGUUAAUCAGUGAAAAUGGAAACCAGUUUGCUCAUCAGUUGCAGAACACUUGAAACGAGUCCAGAACCUGCGUUUUGUAUUCUUGCAGAAAGCUGCUGUGUAUGUAUGAUAAAUAAAGUCUUGCUCUAUCUCCUGUUCCUCUUCGUGAUUCUAUUCUUUGUAGAAAUCAGAUGGAAGCCGACUGUCCGCGUAGUUGCAGCCUUGACAGCAUCAUCAAAUAAAAUCAUGAUGUUUUAAUUCCAGGAAAUACCAGCAGCUCUUACGUAAAUGUUUCGACGCCAAGAAAAACCUGCCUAAUCAACAAUAUCCAUCGAUACGUUCGGCUAUUAUAUAUAUAAAUCGCAGUUUGUGUGACAUAUGGAGGCGAAUAUGAAUAACUUAA